AUGCCUGUUGUGACAAGGCUUCUGCUGUCAUUGAUUCUUCGUCGUCUCAUGGCGGCGCGCGAAGUCUUGACUCGAUUUCGACCGGGUAGAGGCUGCAUUGACCAAAUCUUCACACUCCGUCAGGUGUUAGAACAACGACAUACAGAUAAGCGACCCAUAAUUCUAGUAUUCCUGAAUUUCCAAGCCGCAUUCGACAUGGUUGAUAGGUCUUUCUUCUUGACACGGUUGCCCACCAAGGAAUGCCCCAGAAACGACAUCGUUCUCAUUUUCGAAGAGGAGGUGAAGGCGGAAGUGUUUUUGGAUGAACUGACCGAAAUCAUCCCGUCCUUUGGUAUGCACUUGGCAUCCACAAAGUGUAAGGUCGUGCUCUGGAACAUCCAGUCACUGAACACGCCACUUACAAUCCAGGGAGAGGCACUAGAAGUUGUGGAGCGUUUUACGUAUCUCGGAUUUAUUAGUUCUGACUAUAGUAUGCCAGAUGAGAUAAGUACACGAAUCUGCAAGACCCGGGCCGCGUUUGCUAAUUUGAGACACCUAUGCCGUCAGAAUGGUUUAUCCCUGAAUCGGAAGGGACGUGUGUAUCAAGCAACAGUACGGGAUGUCUUGUUGUGUGGCUGUGAGACGGCCUAUGCAAACGGCGGAACUGAGACGUCUUCAGGUGUUCGACAAUCUUUGUCCCAGAACUGUAGCUCGUGUUGGGUUGGUGUCGGUGAAUCCGUAAUGAGGCAGUUAGAAAGUGCGUUUUCGGUUGUGCAAUGGGUACUUCCAUUGAAGAAUGUGUCCAGCACCAGAAAUCGCGUUGGUUGGGACAUGUGUUGCGUAUGCCGAACUAUCGUUUGCCCAACCCACAGUGGCGGAAGCGGAGAGGUGGCCAACUCUUACCCAAUCAGGGGGGGUAUGAAGGAGAUCACGAAACGCUUGGGGGCUGUCGGUGCUACUCGCCUUUCAGAAUGGGGACCGCGUGAUCCUAACUGCACCUGGUUGGAGACACUUCAAGAUAUGGCUAGCACUAAGUCCCUUCCCCCGUCCACCUUUAUUCUUUUCUCCACAAUAAGACUUGCAAAUAAAUCAAUGCUAUACGACAGCGAAGCAUUGGUGUUGAACACUGAUGUCAUGCUGUCGAUGACGAUUAUGAUGAUGAUCUGUAGAAUGCAAUUUACUAACACGUUGACUCCAUCCACAACUAGCCACGCUUCUGAGGCAUCGGUGGUCGAAAACCUGAAGACGCCUCACAUCAUCUACCCGAAGAGGUCAUGUCUCGCACCCAUACAACAACACAGCCCUUACUGUAGCCUGAUUAUAUUCUGUACGCAAGCGGAAAUCCACACGGAUCCCGCUUUACCGCCUGCAGUCAGGUGCUGCUCCGGCCGAGAAGCCUGUCCCGCACAAGAUUGGCCAAUAGUUCAGGACGCUUGCCGGUUCGGUAUCAAGCCGAGAUCUGAUUGGUCGAAAGUCUGGACCCAAGAGCCAAUCAUGACCCAGUAUUGGCCGAAUGCGGUUGCCGAUGUUUCAUCCAGGAGGUUGUCGCCGCUUACAAUAGCGAUUGCUGACUCCAGGGGAGUUUUGGGAACAGACUCGGCCUCGGUCGAGGAUGCCUGGUCUGAAAGGAAAAGAAACGGAGGAUCCACGUGA